UAUUUUAUUUUUUCCUUCUGCUUUGGUUCAAUUUCCAUUAUUUAUUCUUUAUAUUGCCAACGCCUACGAAUUUCUACACCACACAUACAGCCUCUCUCUCUCUCUCUCUCACUCCCGCUCUCGCUCCGUCUGCCUGUCUCUGUCUGCCUCGCCCGCGUUUAUACUUCCGGACUCUGCAUUUAUAUACCCCCCCCCCACGCUAACAGCAGCUCUAGCUUGACUAUUUUUAUUCUAAAGAUGAACAUUGGUACUCGGACCGACAGCGACCUAUUGUUUAUAAACUUUAACCAGGACUACAGCUGUCUGUCGGUUGGCACAAAGAACGGUUACAAGAUAUACAACUGCGAGCCCUUUGGCAAAUGCUACGCGCGGUCGGAGGGCGGCAUCGGCACAGUCGAGAUGCUCUUCUGCACAUCACUCGUCGCACUCGUGGGCUCCGGCGACCAGCCCGCCUUGUCGCCACGGCGGCUGCAAAUAAUAAACACAAAGCGACAGUCCAUCAUCUGCGAGCUGACUUUCCCGACAACAAUUUUAGCUGUCAAGCUCAACCGCCGGCGGCUAAUAGCCGUCCUGGAGGAGCAAAUCUACGUCUACGAUAUCAGCAACAUGAAGCUGCUGCACACUAUAGAGACCCCGCCUAACCCAUUGGCCAUCUGCACUAUGUCGCCCAGCAGUGAGAACUGCUUUAUUGCGUAUCCAACCCCGGCAUCCCUCAGUGCGCCGCCCAGCAAGCCUGGAGCUGUGGGUGAGAUUCCAGCCACCACAGAUGUGAUGGUUUUUGAUGCUAACUCAUGCGAGGCUAUUAAUAUCAUUAGGGCGCAUAAGAGUCCGGUUUCCUGCCUGGCCAUGAACCGCGAGGGAACCAUGCUGGCCACUGCCAGCGAUAAGGGCACGGUCAUUAGGGUGUUUGGGUUGCCUGGUGCCCACAAGAUUGCGCAGUUCAGGAGGGGCGCGUAUCCGGCCAAAAUCCACUCCAUCACUUUCAAUGCCACGUCAACGCUCCUCUUGGUGUCUUCAGACACGGAUACCGUGCACAUCUUCCGUAUCGCCGACGGCGGCCGCAAUAAGGCGGCAUCUGCCAGCAACACCGCCAAUACGACCUUGCGUCAUUCAGACUCUUAUGCCAGCUCCAUCACGUCAUUCGCGGAUUCGGACUCCGUAGCCGAUUCAUACUCACCCAACGGAAAUGGCAAUGGCAGACACAAUGGGAGUAAAGGAAGAGGGCAUCAGCAGCAAUCGGCAGCGCCCUUCGAGGGUAUGCUAAGGAGGGCGUCGUGGAAGGGUCUGGUCAACAGCAAGAUUGUCGGCAGGGCUGCGCAGUUCAUGCCCGAUGUGAUUUCGGAAAUGUGGGAGCCAUCAAGAGACUUUGCGUUUUUGAAGCUACCCAAAUCUAACAUCCAGAGUAUCGCCGCCAUGUCGAGCUCGACUCCGCAGAUCAUGGUGGUUACGUCGGAUGGAUACUUUUACCAGUACAGUAUUGAUCUGGAUAAGGGCGGCGAGUGCGUAUUGCUCAAGCAGGACUGCUUGUUGGAUAGCGCCGAGGAACUGGGCGCGUAUGCCAGUUGAAACCCCCCCUCCCCUUUUGUUUAAUUUUUAAAAAUGAAAUUGUGUAAUUUGAUAUAUAAAAAUAUGAA